CCAAACACAGUUACAGUUUCAAACAAAAUGCUCCAUUUAGAACAAACUGUUUGCAUUUUAAUUAUUUCCUGUAUUUGUUUAACGCUGGCUCUAAAUGAACAUGAUGGCAAUAUACUUCCUGGUAAAUAUCAUGCCUACAGUCAACAGCUGCCAAAAAAAGUGCCAGCCAAAGGCCUAGAUUUGCAUCAGCAUCGUCUUCAUCAAAUCAAAUUAGCAGCAUCUCAACCAUCAGGCAGACAAGAAAAUCCCAUCAAAACUUGGUUUGGUGUCUUUAAUCGCAACAAUUCAAAACCACAAUCAAACACUACGACUAAUGGAGUAAAUGCUAAUAAUAAUGCAGGAGCAGCAGCAGCCCAGGAUACACUGUAUUCGACAACAUGUUCAUGCAGAUGCGGUGAACGCAAUGAUGAAUCACGCAUUGUGGGCGGCACUACCACCGGCGUCAGCGAAUACCCCUGGAUGGCACGCUUAAGCUAUUUCAAUCGUUUCUAUUGUGGCGGCACUCUCAUCAACGAUCGCUAUGUCUUGACGGCGGCCCAUUGUGUCAAGGGUUUCAUGUGGUUCAUGAUCAAGGUGACCUUUGGUGAACAUGAUCGCUGCAAUGAUAAGGAAAGGCCAGAGACACGAUUUGUUUUAAGAGCUUUCACGCAAAAGUUUAGUUUCUCCAAUUUUGAUAAUGAUAUUGCUUUGUUGCGUCUAAAUGAUCGUGUGCCUAUAACAAGUUUCAUAAGACCCAUUUGUUUGCCUAGGGCUGAGGAGAGAAAUGAUUUGUUUGUGGGCACUAAGGGUAUUGCAACUGGCUGGGGUACAUUGAAGGAGGAUGGCAAGCCAUCGUGUCUGCUGCAGGAGGUGGAAGUGCCGGUGUUGGACAAUGAAACCUGUGUGGCUCAAACGAAUUAUACACAGAAAAUGAUAACGAAAAAUAUGAUGUGUGCUGGCUAUCCGGGCAAGGGAGAGCGUGACAGCUGCCAGGGUGACUCGGGUGGACCGUUGGUGCGUUUGAGGCCCGAUGAUAAACGUUAUGAGCAGAUUGGUAUUGUUUCGUGGGGUAAUGGUUGUGCCCGGCCCAAUUAUCCGGGAGUUUAUACCAGAGUAACGAAAUAUUUGGACUGGAUAGUGGAGAAUUCUAAAGAUGGCUGCUUUUGCGAUGGAGAUUUUUAAGCAAAUUUACAAGAAAUUAACCAGUAAUUUAGUUAAGCAAGGAACAAUUUUUUGGUUUUAAUAAAACUUAGUUGCCACUUUACAUAAGAAAAUGAAUUUUUUUUUUAAAAAAAAAUUAAAAUUUUUAUAAAAUUUUGUCUCUAUUAACUUUUUUAAAUUGAAAUGUUCAGCACUAGUUUUUAUUGCCUUAAAUACCAUAAUAGUCUUUAUAAAUUUUAUAAAUAAAUGGAAAUUAAACAAAAUAGUUUUCAUUAUAAA